AUCGAUAUUCAACUGUUGGUUUGUAGAAAUCUGAAGAGUCUCAAACUCGGACGAAACUGCUGUCCAGUACUCUCAGGUUUUCCAGCGGUUCUCUAACCAAUGUCAGCUCAUGAUGAAAUCCUGUAACCAAUCAAAUCCCUAGAAACCAACAGUUGAAUAUUUUGGUGUGACUACCUUGCUUUUAUUUAACCUUAUUGUACUUCGAUUAACAUAAUUCGUGGAGAUAAACAUAUCGCAUGUUGAAAGUGUAUAGUAAUAUUUUAAAAGGCAUUUAUUUACUGUCAAGUUUUUUUAAUUUCAGAUAUAUACAUAUUUCUAUGGAUGAUGUUUUUGAUACUGGCAUAACCGAUACUCAUUCAGAAUUAGAAGUUGCUUCACGAGAUUGGGAACGUCGUGCUGCAGAGGUUUAUAAUGCAGGUGUAAGAGAAGGUUACUUUGCUAGAACUGAUGCUCUCUUGCAAGAGAAAUUUGACACUGGUGUUCAUCAGGGAUUUGGAUUAACGUUUGAAUUAGCAGUUUUACGCGGAAGAUUGUCAGUGAAAUCAUAUUAUUCAGUCGGUGAAAAUAAAUCGAAAAUUGAAAAUGUCAUCAAUUUAAUAAGUGUCAAAGAGCAACAGUUAGCAUCUUCAUCAGGGUAUCAAGAAAAAGAUUCAUCAUCAUAUCAGCAGCUUGUAAAAGAGGCUGAAGAAAUACUUUUGACUUCUUGA